AUGCAGAAGCCGGUUUCCCGUGUUGGUUCUAAUCCCUUUCUCUCUCCUGCCUUCCCAGUGGAAGAACAAAAACCAUCGUUCUGGGAUCAGCUGGCAGAUAAAGCCAUUAAGAAAGCAAGCCAGUUAAAAUACCGCAACUACAAGGCCAAGAACCUCAUCCUCUUUCUGGGAGAUGGGAUGGGCAUUCCCACCAUCACAGCCACCCGCAUCCUGAAGGGGCACAUGCAGAACCCGGUGGCUCCUGAAUCACCUCUAAGUAUGGAUGCUUUUCCCUACGUUGCCCUUUCCAAGACCUACAACGUGGACCGCCAAGUGCCUGACAGUGCGGGAACGGCCACUGCCUACCUCUGUGGGGUGAAGGCCAACUACAGAACCAUUGGUGUGAGUGCCACCGCCCGGUAUAACCAGUGCAAUACAACCAAGGGCAACGAAGUCAUUUCGGUCCUGAAGCGAGCUCAGCUGGCUGGAAAGUCGGUGGGGAUUGUGACCACCACGCGAGUCCAGCACGCUUCCCCGGCUGGCACUUACGCUCACGUGGUGAACCGAGACUGGUAUAGCGACGCCAGCCUGCCUCAGUCUGCGCUCAGGGGGGGCUGCAAGGAUAUUGCCCUGCAGCUCAUUGAAAACGUGAACCUGACGGUGAUCCUGGGUGGAGGCAGGAAAUACAUGACUCCUAAAGACACCCCAGACCCUGAAUACCGCACCCAAAGCUCCUCCAAAGGGACCCGUAAAGAUCAGAGGAACCUAAUAGAGGAAUGGCUCCAAGCUUCGCCGGGCAGCAAAUAUGUUUGGAACCGAACUGAGCUCUUGAAAGCUGCCGGGGACCCAAACGUUCUCCGUCUCAUGGGGCUCUUUGAACCUUCAGAUAUGAAAUACGAGCUGAACCGAGACAACAGCACUGACCCGUCUCUGGCUGAGAUGACCGCAGUGGCCAUCAAACUCCUCAGUGCCAACCCAAAAGGCUUCUAUCUCUUUGUCGAAGGAGGCAGAAUUGACCACGGACACCACAGUGGUAUCGCAAAGCGAGCCCUGACGGAGGCUAUCGAGUUCGACAAGGCCAUCGAACGAGCCGGGGAGCUGACGAAGGAAGAUGACACGUUGACCGUUGUGACCGCCGACCACUCUCACGUCUUCAGCUUUGGAGGCUACACCCUCCGGGGAACCUCCAUUUUCGGUUUAGCACCUGAAAAGGCGCUCGACGGCAAAUCAUACACCUCCAUUGUUUACGGCAAUGGGCCAGGCUACCAGAUCACCACAGAAGGCCGACCGGAUGUGACCGUGGAAGAAAGUGAGAACAGCACCUACAAGCAGCAGGCCCCCGUGUGGCUCGCCUCAGAGACCCACGGAGGAGAGGACGUGGCCAUCAUGGCCAAAGGACCCAUGGCCCACCUUUUCCACGGGGUGCAGGAACAAUCUUACGUCGCCCACGUCAUGGCCUUCGCCGGCUGCUUGCAGCCCUAUGAUAUGUGCAACUUGCCCGCCGACAUAUCCGCAGCUGCCCCCAAGGUCGGCCUUGCGGGUCUCCUCCUGGUUCCCCUGCUCCUCUGGAUCUGCUAG